CUUCAACCUUAUUCAUUUAUCUAUUUGCUCGGCAUUCAUCACGUUUUAUUAUUUAUCCAUUUCAUAUAUUACACCUGGCACAUUAUUGUCUGCAGGUACUUGCUGCAACCCCACACUCUGCAAUUAGCCAUUAUCCUAUCCUUUAGUGAAGUCCGCGGCUCUCCACCCCCCACUUCUCCACAAAAAUGUCGUCAUAUGCCUCGCCAUCCCGCGCAAUAUCGGAGGGCAAAACAAGCCGCAGCAGCUUGCUGAGCAGGUCGACGCCGAGUAAGGCCGGAGAGGAGAUCGAGUAUGCCGAUCAGCGGGCCAUGAAGGACACGUUCAUCAACCGGCUGCGUAUGUUCGUGUCCCCGUACUUUGCAGAGUUCUUUGGAACCGCUGUAUUCGUGCUUGUCGGAUGCGGCUCCAACCUCACGUACGCGGUCAUGACUAGUAACAGCGAAUCGGCAUGGCUCUCGGCAGCCCUUGGCUGGGGCAUCGGCCUCAUGCUCGGGGUCUUUGUUGCAGGUGGUGUCUCCGGUGCCAUGCUGAAUCCUGCUGUGGCACUAGCCUUCGCCGCCUUCCGUGGUCUUCCAUGGAUCCAGGUCCCAUUCUACUUUUUAGCCGAGUUCGCUGGUGCCUUCGUCGGUGCCCUUUUGGCAUAUGCGUGCUUUGCACACUCGCUUGACCCAUUUGAUGGCUACAACCGCCAGAUCUCUGGCCCGUUCGGCACUGCCGGCGCCUUUGGAAAUUUUGCCAGGCCAUUUAUUGGCAAUGGAGCCGCGUUUCUUAGUGAGUCGGUCGGUACUGGGCUGCUAGUCUUGGGCGUGUUUGCCAUCACAGACGCCAACAACUUCCCUGCCAGGUCGUGCACCCCAAUUGCAAUUGGCCUGCUGCUGACCGGUCUGGCCAUUGGUAUCGGGUACCCGACGGGCUACUCGUUCAACCCAGCACGCGACCUUGGUCCACGCUGUGCAGCUGCGAUCUGGUACGGAGCCCGUGUAUUCACAGCGCACGGGUCGUACACAUGGGUGCCUGUUGCCGCGCCGCUAGCUGGUGGUCCUAUCGGCGCGCUUCUCUACGAGUUCUUCAUUGUAUCCAAGAGAACCAAGCUCGACGACAUGCCAGAGGACGAGCGCCGCGCAAUCGAGCUUGAUUAGCUGUCUUGCGCUCAGUAGUGGCCAAGCACCAGUGCCAGUCCCCAUUAGCCUUAUACUUCAUGGUAGUUUCCUUCCUUCGCUAAUGCUUUCAUUCGAUC